UCCACCACUCACUCUAUCCAAACAAACCCUAAUAGAACCAUGCGUUCCAAUUCCUCCAACACCAUCAUCUCCCUUUGCAUCCUCAUCACCUUCUUCACUUUCACAACAAUCAUACAAGCACAGCUCGCCGACCCCGUUUUCGUUCAACAAAGCUGCAGUGCAAACCAAACCACCGCCAACACCGCCACUUACGAAAACAACCUCAGAACCCUCCUCUCCCUCAUGGCUUCCAAUGCCACCGCCACCAAAUUCCACACCACCACAGUCCUCGGCACAACCUCCUCGGACACCUUGUACGGUCUCUUCAUGUGCAGGCUCGACGUACCCUCCCACUUCUGCUUCCGCUGCGUGAGUUACGCCACAACGAAUAUAUCCUCAGACCCAGAAUGUUCCCUGUCCAAACACGGCGUUAUCUGGUACGCCGAGUGCAUGGUUCGGUUUUCCAACGUGGCGUUCUUCUCCACCGUGGACACUUCUCCCUCGUGGGACUUGAGCAGCUACGUGAAUGCCUCCUCCAACUCGACGCGGUUCAUGGGGUUGUUGUUCGACGCCAUGAACCGAACUGCGGAAGAAGCGGCGAAUUCAGGCAACAGGUUCUCGACGAAGGAAACGAACUUGUCGCUUUCGAAGACCCUUUACUGUCUAGCGCAGUGCACGCAGGAUCUGUCGCCAGGAAACUGCUCAACGUGUCUUGGUGAAGCCAUUGGGUACCUUCCGUCGUGCUGCGAGGGAAAGGAAGGAGGCAGAGUUGGGUUUCCCAGUUGUACCGUUUGGUAUGAACUCUACCCUUUCUAUGGCCUCGCCACCAAUCAGACACCAACCAAAACUUCUCCAUCACCAGGGAAAGGCCGGUCACGAACUAUUAUCGUAAUCAUUUUCCCUACCAUUAUUGUAUCGGGGAUACUUUUUACUUUUUGUUGCUAUUUGAUCCGAAGAAAAACAAGAAAGAAUAAUAAAGUUAUUCUUAGAGAAAAUUUUGGACAUGAAAGUUCUACUAUAGAGUCAUUGCAAUUCAAUUUAGCAAUAAUUGAAGCAGCCACAAAUAACUUUUCGAAUGAAAACAAGAUUGGGAAAGGUGGAUUUGGAGAAGUUUAUAAGGGUGUUCUUAUUGAUGGAAGACAUAUAGCUGUAAAGAGACUCUCAAGAAAUUCUAAGCAAGGUGUAGAGGAGUUCAAAAAUGAAGUUUUAUUAAUAGCCAAGCUUCAACAUAGAAAUCUAGUGGCAUUCAUAGGAUUUUGUAUUGACGAACAAGAGAAAAUACUUAUCUAUGAAUACGUGCCAAACAAGAGUCUGGACUAUUUCUUAUUUGAUACUGAAUUAGAAAAGGUUUUGAGGUGGUCUGAGCGUUACAAAAUUAUACAAGAGAUUGCUCGAGGAAUUUUAUAUUUACAUGAACAUUCUCGACUUAAAGUUAUACAUCGUGAUAUUAAACCUAGUAAUGUACUAUUAGACAAAGAUAUGAAUCCAAAAAUUUCAGAUUUUGGUCUUGCUAAAAUUGUUGAAAUAGAUCAACAAGAAGGAAGUACAAAGAGAGUUAUUGGAACAUAUGGCUAUAUGUCUCCUGAAUAUGCUAUGUUUGGACAAUUUUCUGAGAAAUCAGAUGUUUACAGUUUUGGGGUUAUGAUUUUUGAGAUUAUUAGUGGAAGAAAGAACCUAGGUUCAUAUGAGCCACACCAUGUUGAUGAUGGUCUUCGAAACUUUGUUUGGAGACACUGGAUGAAUGAAACACCAUUGAACACAUUGGACCCAAAAUUAAAAGAAGAUCAUUCUCACAUUGAAGUCAUUAAAUGUAUUCAAAUUGGUUUAUUAUGUGUUCAAGAUUAUCCAAAUGAUAGACCUUCGAUGAUGACAAUUGUCUCAUAUCUCAUUAGUAACUUAGUUGAAUUGCCUUCUCCAAAAGAACCGACAUUUUUCUUGCAUAAUAAAAUGGAUCCAAUUGUUGCACAUGCAAGUUCGAGGCGAAUUACCAACUAUUCCACAUCAUUCUCUAUCAAUGAAAUGUCUAUGAGUGACAUUUAUCCUCGAUAAUUUAAAUUUGUAUGUUAUUAUCUAGUUAUAUUUUAAUGCAUUAUAAAA